AUGAUGGAAUCAACGCAAUCGUGGGAUUUUGUUAUCGUGGGUGGUGGCCCUGCUGGAUGCAAUCUCGCAGCAACAUUGGCUCGCUCAGACAAACGUCCUCAGGUAUUACUAUUAGAGGCUGAAGCAAAGAAUGAUGACAAAUCUCUACGAGUGGAUGGUCAGCGCUGGACUACCUUCUUGAAUGGCGAGCUAAAUUGGGGGUAUAAGACUACUCCUCAGGAGCACUGCAAUGGCCGAGAAAUCGACUAUUCACGGGGAAAAGUAUUGGGCGGCAGCAGCGCCAUUAAUUUCGGUUUCUACACUGUGGGCGCUCGCGACGACUAUGACCAGUGGGCAGCCAUUGUGGGAGAUGAAACUUUCCGGUGGGAUCGCAUGAAGGCUCGAUUUAAGAAGCUGGAAAAUUUCAAUGGAGUCAUCCCGAAUACCAAAAAUGCCAAAUACGCGACGCCAAAACCAGCAGACCACGGUUCUCAGGGAAAUCUUCGAGUGGGAUAUGCGAAUGAAUGGGAACAGGACCUGCCGCUCAUGAUGGAUAUCUUCGAACAAGCAGGUCUCGCUCGCAAUCCAGAUCACAAUUCGGGUGACCCGAUUGGAAUGGCCUUGGUAAUCAAUUCCGCUCACCAGGGCCAAAGAACCACUGCAGCUGAUCUGCUACUCGGCGCCCCGGACAAUUUGACUGUCAUCACAGAAGCACCAGUUCAGCGAGUGCUGCUUCAGGGAAAGAAGGCAAUCGGUGUGGAGUCUCGGGGGAAGCAAUACAUCGCCAACCAAGAAGUUAUUUUGACCACCGGCGCUCAAGAUACGCCCAAGAUUCUCAUGCAUUCGGGAAUUGGUCCAGCAGAUCAGCUAAGAGAAUUCCACAUUCCCGUCGUGCAGAACCUGCCAGCUAUUGGCCAAGGACUCCGAGACCAUUUCUUCGUUCCCUUAUGUUUCCAGCGCAAGCCUGAGACCAAUGACCGAAACGCCUUCUUCCGUAACCCAGCUGCAAUGGAUGCCGCUUUAGAGCAGUGGAAGAAAGACAGAACUGGCCCUUGGACGCGGCACUCGUGUCAACUUGGCGCAGGUUGGCUCAAAUCGGAUCGCGUUACGGCGUCGACCGAGUUCAAGGCACUGCCACUGGCAGAGCAGGAUUUUUUGCAGCGGGAAACCGUGCCACACUAUGAACUUGUGACUCACUUUCCACUGCACCUCAUCUUUCCUGAAGCUGUCCCGGACUAUAGCUAUGUAUGUCUGUCGGUCUUUUUGAUGAAUGAGCAGUCAAAUGGUGAAGUGCGCUUGCAGUCGUCCAACCCAGACGAUCCUCUUCUUUUUGACCCGAAGUUUUUGUCUCACCCAUUCGAUCGUCGAGCUUGUAUUGAGAUUUACCGACACGUUCUAGAAAUAUCCAAACACCCUGCUUUCAGCAAAGACACUGUAUCGACACUCAUCGCCCCAGCCUCGGAAUCAGACGAGGAUAUUCUCGAGUUUUGGAAGAACAACCUGGCAUCGGGCUGGCACAUGAUGGGAACGGCCAAAAUGGGGAAACCGGGUGAUAUUGAUGCGGCGGUAGACAAGCGAUUCCGAGUGUUUGGCAUAGAUAACCUUCGGGUCGCCGACUUGAGCGUUGUGCCGGUGUUGACUAACAACCACACCCAGGCUACUGCUUAUGUGACAGGAGCGACGUGCGCAGAUAUUCUCAUUCGGGAGUACGAUCUCAACAUGGCACAGCGACCGUGA